CCGCCGGAGUCUGCAGCCCGGAGCCCGACCGCCCCCGCCGCCGAGGUUCCUGCCUGCAGACCAGCCCCCCACUGCCUGCUGCCACCUCCAGCCCCAUCACCAUGCACUCCUUGGACGAGCCGCUUGACCUGAAGCUGAGCAUCACCAAGCUCCGGGCGGCGAGAGAGAAGAGGGAGAGGACGCUGGGUGUGGUCCGGCCCCGUGCUCUGCACAGGGAGCUCGGCCUGGUGGACGACAGCCCCACCCCUGGCUCCCCAGGCUCCCCGCCCUCAGGCUUCCUGCUGAACCCCAAGUUCCCCGAGAAGGUGGAAGGACGCUUUUCAACAGCCCCUCUGGUGGACCUCAGCUUGUCCCCACCGUCUGGGCUGGACUCGCCCAACGGCAGCAGCUCGCUGUCCCCUGAGCGCCAGGGCAAUGGAGACCUGCCCCCAGUGCCUGCUGCUCCGGACUUCCAGCCACUGCGCUACUUGGAUGGAGUCCCCAGCUCCUUCCAAUUCUUCCUGCCCCUGGGCUCCGGGGGGGCCCUGCACCUGCCUGCUUCCUCCUUCCUCACCUCCCCCAAGGACAAGUGCCUCUCGCCAGAGCUGCCCCUGCCCAAGCAGCUGGUGUGUCGCUGGGCCAAGUGUAACCAGCUCUUUGAGCUCCUGCAAGACCUGGUGGACCACGUCAAUGACUAUCACGUCAAGCCCGAGAAGGAUGCGGGCUACUGCUGCCACUGGGAGGGCUGUGCCCGUCAUGGCCGUGGCUUCAACGCCAGCAGGUACAAGAUGCUCAUCCACAUCCGCACGCACACCAACGAGAAGCCGCACCGCUGCCCCACCUGCAACAAGAGCUUCUCCCGCCUGGAGAACCUGAAGAUCCACAACCGCUCACACACAGGUGAGAAGCCCUAUGUCUGCCCCUACGAGGGCUGCAACAAGCGCUACUCCAACUCAAGCGACCGCUUCAAGCACACUCGUACCCACUACGUGGACAAGCCCUACUACUGCAAGAUGCCCGGCUGCCACAAGCGCUACACGGACCCCAGCUCGCUGCGCAAGCACAUCAAGGCCCACGGUCACUUCGUGUCCCACGAGCAGCAAGAGCUCUUGCAGCUGCGCCCACCCCCCAAACCGCCACUGCCCACCCCCGACGGCAGCCCCUAUGUCAGUGGGGCCCAGAUCAUUAUUCCCAACCCUGCCGCCCUCUUUGGAGGCCCCGGCCUGCCAGGCCUACCCCUGCCCCUGGCCCCUGGUCCCCUGGACCUCAGCGCCCUGGCCUGUGGCAAUGGCGGGGGCAGUGGGGGUGGGGGGGGCAUGGGCCCCGGGCUGCCAGGUCCCGUCCUGCCUCUCAACCUGGCCAAGAACCCACUGCUGCCCUCGCCCUUUGGGGCCGGCGGACUGGGCCUGCCUGUGGUCUCCCUCCUCGCUGGCUCCGCUGGCGGCAAGGCUGAGGGGGAGAAGGGGCGUGGGCCGGUGCCUGCCAGGGCCCUCAGCAUGGAGGGCCGCAAGACGCCCCUCGAAAGGACGGAGAGCAGCUGCUCCCGGCCUAGCCCCGACGGACUCCCCCUGCUGCCGGGCACUGUGCUGGACCUGUCCACCGGUGUCAGCUCGGCGGCCAGCAGCCCAGAGGCACUGGCCCCUGGCUGGGUGGUCAUCCCACCGGGCUCCGUGCUGCUCAAACCAGCCGUGGUGAACUGACAGCCCCAGCGGACACCUGAGGCAGCCCAGCCCUGCCCAGACGAACGGAAACUCUCUGCGAAAUAGCAAUAAUGUCCUACUGCCCCGGGGCCUGGCUGGCUGUGUGCCCCCCAGGCAGCCCUGGCCCGCUGGGCAGCAAGGAUGGUGCUAGGUCAUUGCUGGCUUCCGACUCCCGAGUAAGGACCUGGACCUGCCGUCCGGGCAGAGCCGUGCUCUGGGUGCUGAGGCCUCACUCCCCUCCAGCCCUCCUGUCCCACAUCUUCUUUAAGACCCUCCCCUGCCCCUCGGUCACCCCCCCUUACCCUGGUGCCUCCCUCAUCCAGUGGCCAACCUGGGCAGCUCACCCACUCUCCCUACCUGCCAGCUAUGGGGAUGGCAGAGACUGCUGCCCAUGCCCCAGCAGUGGGGACGGGUGGAUGGCACCAGGCUCCCUCCCCACCCCAAGGUGAUCAGUUGCAGGAGCAGAGGCCCCACCCCCCUCACUCAGCCUCUGCCCUGGGGGCUCCUUGGACCCCUUUCCCUCUGGCCCACCCUCCAGAGGGAGAGCAAGACACGCAGGCAAAGCCCCCUCCCUGCCCCUGACAAGGUGCCUCUCGUCUCCUAGGAGAAGGGGGGCCCGCUGUGCCAGCUGUCCCUCCUCAGUCGCCCAGGCAGACAGCACUGCCAAAGGGAGGGUACAGCUGACCACUCACCUGGCCCUGCACCUUGGGCCUCCUUCCUCCCAGACACCCUGGAAACGUGGGAACAGGCCUGAGGGAGCCCCGAGCUGGAGGGGAGGUGUCAGAUGGGCAGCUCUGGGGCGCAGGGAGCAGGUAGGGCCAGGCCGAGCUCCAUCUUUGCAUCCCUGCCCAGCUGGGCUCAGCCUGGGCAGCACUGCCCUGCAGAGCAUCAGUCCUGCUCCAGGAAGGGGGUACUGGCUGGGGUCAGCUCCCAGUCUAGGGGUGCUGUCAGCACAUGUAGGGGGGCCUCAGGGAAGGCAGCUUUGGGGGUGGCCCCUCUGUCUGGGAAGGGGGGCGUGAGGCAUGGUGUCUCCUCUGGCUUUCCCAACUGGGCCCAUUUCCUAGAGGUGUGCCCCCUACCCGUGUAACCCCCGCAACCAGCUCCCCCAGGGUCCGUGCUACUCAGGGCCCGUGGCAGGAGGCCCCCAUGCCCAGUAGCCCACUGCCAGACCCCACGGCGGUGCCUCCCCACUCUGGGCCUCUAGGCCUGUCCUGUCACCAGGCUGCAGAGUGCCCAAGCCCUUCCACCUCCCCAUCUGCAGAACAAAGGAGCUGCCAGUGGCAGUGGGGUCCUCCGGAGCCCUGCGUUCCUCUGAUCAGCUCUGCUCAUCCCAUCCUUUCCCAGACUGCCCUUCUGUCCCAGAGGGGUCACCCUGACCUGGCCGCCCUGCUGCUGGCCUUAGGACCCCAGCCCUGACAGGGCCUGGCCGUGCUGGCUCUGCCCCUCGAAGGGGCUGUGAGCAAGUAGGAGGGAGCCGGUCUCCUUUCUUCGGGCCCCACCCAGGACCCAAGCACCCCCACCCCACUAGGGGCCCAGGCCUUAAGGCCCCGGUGGGGGCUGUGGGUUUGAGACUCGAGCAGAGCAGAGGAACAGGGCACUGGAAGGUGACGUUAGCUCAGCAUGUGAUUCGGUGAUAGACCAGGCUCAGAAGGCCGGUGUACUUUUUGUUGUUGUUGGUUUGUUGUUGCACAUUCCAGGAUAUCAGUAUUUUAACAGGUUCUAAGUGCCUUUCUAUCGUAGCUUGUUUCCCUCCUCUUGGCUCCAUUGCUGUUAGCAUAGAGUUUAAAAAAAAGAGAUAAGCUAAUGACUAUAACAAUAUAUUCCUCCAUGUGAGAGGAAGUUUAUAAAGAAACAAUAAAAGUGAGUUGCAAAGA